AGUCCAGGGCUGCAGCAGCCCCAUCAGCCGCAGCAGUUGCUGGAGAGCAUGGCCUAGGGCUGGCGGCACCACCGUGCAGCCACAGCUGAGUGUCCCUUGGAAACCUGGACAUCCCUGCAGCCCCCAUUUGCAGAGGAAGAUGAUUCCUGCCAGGCUUGCGAGGGUGCUGCUUGCUCUGGCCCUCACCUUGCCAGGGACGCUUUGUGCAGAAAGGACUCUUGGCAAGUCAUCAAUGGCCCGAUGCAGCCUCUUCGGAGAUGACAUCAUCAACACCUUUGAUGAGAGCAUGUACAGCUUUGCUGGAGACUGCAGUUACCUCCUGGCUGGGGACUGCCAGAAACGCUCCUUCUCGCUUGUUGGAGACUUCCAAAAUGGCAAGAGAGUGGGCCUCUCUGUGUAUCUUGGGGAAUUUUUUGACAUCCGUUUGUUUGUGAAUGGUACUGUGCUGCAGGGGGACCAAAGCGUCUCCAUGCCCUAUGCCUCCAAAGGGCUCUAUCUAGAAACUGAGGCUGGGUACUACAAGCUGUCCAGUGAGGCCUAUGGCUUUGUGGCCAGGAUCGACAGUCGCGGCAACUUUCAAGUCCUGCUCUCGGACAGACACUUCAACAAGACCUGUGGGCUGUGUGGAGACUUCAACAUCUUUGCUGAAGAUGACCUUAGAACUCAAGAAGGGACCCUGACCUCAGACCCCUAUGACUUUGCCAACUCCUGGGCCCUGAGCAGUGGAGAACAGCGAUGCAAACGGGCAUCCCCUCCCAGCAGCCUGUGCAACGUCUCCUCUGAGGAAGUGCAGAAGGGCGCGUGGGAGCAGUGCCAGCUUCUGAAGACUGUCUCGGUGUUCGCCCGCUGCCACCCUCUGGUGGACCCCGAGCCUUUCGUGGCCCUGUGUGAAAAGAGCCUGUGCCCGUGUGCCCAGGGGCUGCAGUGCCCUUGUGCGGCCCUCCUGGAGUACGCCCGGGCCUGCGCCCAGCAGGGGAUGGUGUUGUACGGCUGGACAGACCACAGCGCAUGCCGACCGGCCUGCCCCGCUGGCAUGGAGUACAAGGAGUGUGUGUCCCCUUGCGCCCGAACCUGCCAGAGCCUUCACAUCAAUGAAGUGUGUCAGGAGAAAUGUGUGGAUGGCUGCAGCUGCCCUGAGGGACAGCUCCUUGAUGAAGGCCGCUGUGUGGAAAGUGCCGAGUGUUCCUGUGUGCAUUCUGGGAAGCGGUACCCUCCAGGCGCCUCCCUCUCACAAGACUGCAACACCUGCAUUUGCCGGAAUAGCCUGUGGAUCUGCAGCAAUGAAGAAUGCCCAGGGGAGUGUCUCGUCACAGGACAGUCCCACUUCAAGAGCUUUGACAACAGGUACUUCACCUUCAGUGGGGUCUGCCAGUACCUGCUGGCCCGAGACUGCCAGGACCACUCCUUCUCCAUCAUCAUAGAGACCGUCCAGUGUGCCGACGAUCCCGAUGCUGUCUGCACCCGCUCCGUCACUGUCCGCCUGCCCAGCCUGCACAGCGGCCUCCUGAAGCUGAAGCACGGGGGUGGAGUUGCCAUGGAUGGUCAGGACGUCCAGAUCCCCCUCCUGCAAGGUGACCUCCGCAUCCAGCACACAGUGAUGGGCUCCGUGCGCCUCAGCUACGGAGAGGACCUGCAGAUGGACUGGGACGGCCGCGGGAGGCUGCUGGUGAAGCUGUCCCCAGUCUACACGGGGAAGACCUGUGGCCUGUGUGGGAACUACAACGGCAACAAGGGCGACGACUUCCUCACGCCCGCGGGCCUGGUGGAGCCCCUGGUGGAGGACUUCGGGAACGCAUGGAAACUGCGCGGGGACUGCGAAGACCUGCAGAAGCAGCCUGGCGACCCGUGCAACCUCAACCCGCGCCUGACCAAGUUCGCGGAGGAGGCGUGCGCGCUGCUGACGUCGCCCAGGUUCGAGGCCUGCCACCGCGCCGUGGGCCCCCUGCCCUACCUGCAGAACUGCCGCUACGACGUCUGCUCCUGCUCCGACGGCAGGGACUGCCUGUGCGGCGCUGUGGCCAACUACGCCGCGGCCUGCGCCCGGAAAGGCGUGCACAUAGCGUGGCGCGAGCCCGGCUUCUGUGCACUGAGCUGCCCAGAGGGCCAGGUGUACCUGCAGUGCGGGACUCCCUGCAACAGGACCUGCCGCUCCCUCUCUCACCCGGACGAGGAAUGCAACGAGGUCUGCCUCGAGGGCUGCUUCUGCCCGCCGGGGCUCUACCUGGAUGAGAGGGGAGACUGCGUGCCCAGGGCCCAGUGCCCUUGCUACUAUGAUGGUGAGAUCUUCCAGCCCGAAGACGUCUUCUCAGACCAUCACACCAUGUGCUACUGUGAGGAUGGCUUCAUGCAUUGUUCCACGAGCGGGGCCCCGGGAAGCCUGUUGCCAGACGCUGUCCUCAGCAGUCCCCUGUCUCACCGCAGCAAAAGGAGCCUAUCCUGUCGGCCCCCCAUGGUCAAGUUGGUGUGUCCUGCUGACAACCCGAGGGCUGAAGGGCUCGAGUGUGCCAAAACCUGCCAGAACUACGACCUGGAGUGCAUGAGCACAGGCUGCGUCUCCGGCUGCCUCUGUCCCCCGGGCAUGGUCCGGCAUGAAAACAGAUGUGUGGCCCUGGAAAGGUGUCCCUGCUUCCAUCAGGGCAGAGAGUACGCCCCUGGAGAGACGGUGAAGAUCGACUGCAACACUUGUGUCUGUCGGGACCGCAAGUGGAACUGCACGGCCCACGUGUGUGAUGCCACGUGCUCUGCCAUCGGCAUGGCGCACUACCUCACCUUCGACGGGCUCAAAUACAUGUUCCCCGGGGAGUGCCAGUACGUUCUGGUGCAGGAUUACUGUGGCAGUAACUCUGGAACCUUCCGGAUCCUGGUGGCAAAUGAGGGGUGCAUCUACCCCUCAGUGAAAUGCAAGAAGCGGGUCACCAUCCUGGUGGAAGAAGGAGAGAUCGAACUGUUGAAUGGAGAGGUGAAUGUGAAGAAGCCCAUGAGGGAUGAUACUCACUUUGAGGUGGUGGAGUCCGGCCGGUACAUCAUUCUGCUGCUAGGCAAAGCACUGUCUGUGGUCUGGGACCGCCACCUGGGCAUCUCUGUGGUCCUGAAGCAGACAUACCAGGAGCAGGUGUGUGGCCUCUGUGGGAAUUUUGAUGGCAUCCAGAACAAUGACUUCACCAGCAGCAGCCUCCAAGUGGAGGAGAACCCUGUGGACUUUGGGAAUUCCUGGAAAGUGAGCCCGCAGUGUGCUGACACCAGGAAAGUUCCGCUAGACUCAUCCCCUGCCUCCUGCCACAACAACAUCAUGAAGCAGACGAUAGUGGAUUCCUCCUGUAGGAUCCUCACCAGUGACGUUUUCCAGGACUGCAACAAGCUGGUGGACCCUGAGCCGUUCCUGGAUAUUUGCAUCUACGAUACCUGCUCCUGUGAGUCCAUCGGGGACUGCGCCUGCUUCUGCGACAUCAUUGCUGCCUAUGCCCACGUGUGUGCCCAGCAUGGCAAGGUGGUGACCUGGAGGACAGCCACAUUGUGCCCCCAGAACUGCGAGGAGAGGAAUCACCGGGAGAACGGGUACGAGUGUGAGUGGCGCUAUAACAGCUGUGCUCCUGCCUGUCCCGUCACGUGCCAGCACCCCGAGCCCCUGGCGUGCCCUGUGCAGUGUGUGGAUGGCUGCCACGCACACUGCCCUCCAGGGAAGAUCCUGGAUGAGCUCCUGCAGACCUGCGUGGACCCUGAAGACUGCCCCGUGUGUGAGGUGGCUGGCCAGCGCUUAGCCCCCGGAAAGAAAGUCGCCUUGAACUCCAGUGACCUUCAGCACUGCCAGAUUUGUCGCUGUGAUGGUGUCAACCUCAUUUGUGAGGCCUGCAGGAAACCGGAAGUCCUACCGCUGCCUCCCACAGAAGGCCCGGUCAGCCCCACCACCGCAUAUGUGGAGGACGCCCCAGAGCUACCCCUGCAUGACUUCUACUGCAGCAAGCUUCUGGACCUGGUCUUCCUGCUAGAUGGCUCCUCCAAGCUCUCUGAGGCCGAGUUCGAAGUGCUGAAGGCCUUUGUGGUGGGCAUGAUGGAACGCCUUCACAUCUCCCAGAAGCGGAUCCGCGUGGCCGUGGUGGAGUACCACGAUGGCUCCCACGCCUACAUUGCACUCAGGGACCGGAAGCGGCCCUCGGAGCUGCGGCGCAUUGCCAGCCAGGUGAAGUACGCAGGCAGCGAGGUGGCCUCCACCAGUGAGGUCUUGAAGUACACGCUGUUCCAAAUCUUUGGCAAGAUUGACCGCCCCGAAGCCUCUCGCAUCACCUUGCUCCUGAUGGCCAGCCAGGAGCCCCCGAGGUUGGCCCGGAACUUGGUCCGCUACAUCCAGGCCUUGAAGAAGAAGAAGGUCAUUGUGAUCCCAGUGGGCAUUGGGCCCCAUGCCAACCUCAAACAGAUCCGCCUCAUCGAGAAGCAGGCCCCAGAGAACAAGGCCUUUGUGCUCAGUGGUGUGGACGAGCUGGAGCAGCAAAGGGACGAGAUUAUCAGUUACCUCUGUGACCUUGCCCCCGAACCACCUGCCCCUACUCAGCGCCCCCGUACGGCACAAGUCACUGUGCGUCCGGAGCUCUGGGGGGUUUUGUCACUGGGACCUGAGAGGAAGUCCAUGGCUCUGGAUGUGGUAUUUGUCCUGGAAGGGUCAGACAAAACUGGUGAGGCCAACUUCAACAGGAGCAGGGAGUUCAUAGAGGAGGUGAUUCAGCGGAUGGACGUGGGCCGGGACAGCAUCCAUGUCACAGUGCUGCAGUACUCGUACAUGGUGACCGAGGAGUACACCUUCCUCGAGGCACAGUCCAAGAGGGACGUCCUGCAGCGGGUGCGUGAGAUCCGCUACCAGGGUGGCAACAGGACCAACACCGGACUGGCCCUGCAGUACCUGGCUGAGCACAGCUUCUCGGCCCGCCAGGGGGACCGGGAGCAGGCGCCUAACCUGGUCUACAUGGUCACAGGAAACUCUGCCUCUGAUGAGAUCAAGCGGAUGCCUGGAGACAUCCAGGUGGUGCCCAUUGGAGUGGGCCCUCAUGCCAACAUGCAGGAGCUGGAGAGGAUCGGCUGGCCCAAUGCGCCCAUCCUCAUCCGGGACUUUGAGACGCUCCCCCGAGAGGCUCCUGACCUGGUGCUGCAGAGGUGCUGUUCCGGAGAGGGGCUGCAGAUCCCCACCCUCUCCCCCGCCCCAGACUGCAGCCAGCCCCUGGAUGUGGUCCUCCUUCUAGACAGUUCCUCCAAUGUUCUAGCUUCUGACUUUGAUGAAAUGAAGAGUUUCGCCAAGGUUUUCAUUUCAAAAGCCAAUAUAGGGCCUCAGCUCACUCAUGUGUCAGUGCUCCAGUAUGGAAGUGUCACCACCAUCGAUGUGCCGUGGCAGGUGGCCCAGGAGAAAACCCAUUUACUGAGCCUCGUGGACCCCAUGCAGCGGGAGGGAGGCCCCAGCCAGAUUGGGGAUGCUUUGGGCUUUGCUCUGCGAUAUGUCACUUCCGAAGUCCAUGGUGCCAGGCCUGGAGCCUCUAAGGCGGUAGUCAUUCUGGUCAUGGACGUCUCCACGGACUCGGUGGACGCAGCAGCCGCCGCCGCCAGAUCCAACCGAGUGAGAGUGUUCCCCAUUGGAAUUGGGGAUAGGUAUGAUGAGGCCCAGCUGAGGAUCUUGGCAGGCUCAGAGGCCAGCUCCAACAUAGUGAAGCUCCAGCGAAUCGAAGACCUCCCCACCAUGCUCACCCUGGGCAAUUCCUUCCUCUACAAGCUGUGCUCUGGGUUUAUCAGUGUUUGCAUGGACGAGGAUGGGAAUGAGAAGAGGCCCGGGGACGUCUGGACCUUGCCAGAUCAGUGCCACACAGUGACUUGCCUGCCAAAUGGCCAGACCUUGCUGCAGAGUCAUCGGGUCAACUGUGAUCUGGGACCGAGGCCUUCAUGCCCCAACAGCCAGUCCCCUAUCAAGGUGGAAGUAACCUGUGGCUGCCGCUGGACCUGCCCCUGUGUGUGCAUGGGCAGCUCUACCCGGCACAUUGUGACCUUUGAUGGGCAGAAUUUCAAGCUGACUGGCGACUGUUCGUAUGUUCUAUUUCAAAACAAGGAGCAGGACCUGGAGGUGAUUCUCCAUAAUGGUGCCUGCAGCCCUGGGGCGAGGCAGGCCUGUGUGAAAUCCAUCGAGGUGAAGCAUAACGGCCUCUCGGUUCAGCUCCACAGUGAUAUGGAGGUGUCAGUGAAUGGGAGAGUGGUCUCUCUCCCUUACGUGGGUGGGAACAUGGAAGUCAGCGUCUAUGGUGCUAUCAUGUUUAAGAUCACAUUCAACCAUCUUGACCACGUCUUCACAUUCACUCCACUAAACAAUGAGUUCCAGCUGCAGCUUAGCCCCAACACCUUUGCUUCAAAGAUGUAUGGUCUCUGUGGGAUCUGUGAUGAGAACGGGGCCAAUGACUUCAUGCUGAGGGAUGGCACAGUCACAACAGACUGGAAAACACUCAUCCAGGAAUGGACUGUGCAGGAGCCAGGGCAGAAAUGCCAGCCUGUGCCUGAGGAGCAGUGUCCUGCCUCCAGCAGCUCCCACUGUCAGGUCCUUCUCUCAGCGCUGUUUGCUGAGUGCCAUAAGGUCCUUGAUCCAGCCACAUUUUACACCAUCUGCCAACAGGACAGUUGCCACCAGGAGAAAGUGUGUGAGGUGAUUGCUUCUUAUGCCCACCUCUGUCGGACCGGUGGGGUCUGUGUUGACUGGAGGACAACAGAUUUCUGUGCUAUGUCGUGCCCACCAUCCCUGGUGUACAACCACUGUGAACAUGGCUGCCCUCAGCACUGUGAGGGCAAUACGAGCUCCUGUGGGGACCAUCCCUUGGAAGGCUGCUUCUGCCCCCACCACCAAGUUAUGCUGGAAGGCAGCUGUGUCCCCAAGGAGGCCUGCACCCAGUGUGUCAGUGAGGAUGGAGUCCGGCACCAGUUCCUGGAAACCUGGGUCCCGCACCACGAGCCCUGCCAGAUCUGCACGUGCCUCAGCGGGCGGAAGGUCAACUGCACGUCGCAGCCCUGCCCCUCGGCCAGAGCUCCCACGUGCGGCCCGUGUGAAGUGGCCCGCCUCCACCGGAACGCAGGCCAGUGCUGCCCGGAGUACGAGUGUGUUUGUGACCUGGUGAACUGUGACCCGCCCCUGGUGCCUCACUGUGAAGGUGGCCUCCAGCCGACACUGACCAAUCCCGGCGACUGCAGACCCAUCUUUGCCUGUGCCUGCAGGAAGGAAGAGUGCAAAAGGGAGUCCCCGCCCUCCUGCCCCCCACACCGGACGCCGACCCUUCGGAAGACCCAGUGCUGUGAUGAGUAUGAGUGUGCUUGCAGCUGUGUCAACUCCACGGUGAGCUGCCCGCUGGGGUACCUGGCCUCGACCAUCACCAAUGACUGUGGCUGCACCACCACCACCUGCCUCCCUGACAAGGUGUGUGUCCACCGAGGCACCAUCUACCCUGUGGGCCAGUUCUGGGAGGAGGGCUGUGACGUGUGCACCUGCACAGACAUGGAGGAUGCUGUGAUGGGCCUGCGUGUUGCCCAGUGCUCUCAGAAGUCCUGUGAAGAAAGCUGCCAGCCGGGUUUCACUUACUUCCUCCAUGAAGGCGAGUGCUGUGGAAGGUGCCUGCCAUCUGGCUGUGAGGUGGUGACUGGCUCACCACGGGGGGACUCACAGUCUUACUGGGAGAAUGUCGGCUCUCAGUGGGCCUCCCCUGAGAACCCCUGCCUCAUCAACGAGUGCGUCCGAGUGAAGGAGGAGGUCUUCGUGCAGCAGAGGAACGUCUCCUGCCCCGAGCUGAACAUGCCCACCUGCCCCGUGGGCUUCCAGCUGAGCUGUAAGACCUCAGAGUGUUGCCCCACCUGUCGCUGUGAGCCCAUGCAGGCCUGCAUGCUCAACAGCACCAUCAUUGAGCCUGGGAAGAGCCUCAUGAUUGAUGCGUGUACAACUUGCCUCUGCACCGUCCGGGAGGGGGCAAUCUCUGGAUUCAAGCUGGAGUGCAGGAAGACCACCUGUCAGGCCUGCCCCCUGGGAUACAAGGAAGAGAAGAUCCAAGGUGACUGCUGUGGGAGAUGUCUGCCUACGGCUUGCACCAUUCAGCUAAGAGGAGGACAGACCAUGACACUGAAGCGUGAUGAGAUGCUCCAGGAUGGCUGUGAUACUCACUUCUGCAAGGUCAAUGAGAGAGGAGAGUAUAUCUGGGAGAAGAGAAUCAUGAGCUGCCCUCCCUUUGAUGAACACAAAUGUCGGGCUGAAGGAGGGAAAGUCAUGAACGUUCCAGGCACUUGCUGUAACAUGUGUGAGGAGCCCGAAUGCAAGGACAUCACUGCCCGGCUGCAGUAUGUCAAGGUGGGAAACUGUAAGUCGGAAGAGAAAGUGGACAUUCAUUACUGCGAGGGUAAAUGUGCCAGCAAAGCCAUAUACUCCAUCGACACGGAGGAUGUGGAGGACCAGUGCUCUUGCUGCUCGCCGACGCGGACGGAGCCCAUGCAGGUGCCCCUGUACUGCACCAACGGCUCAGUCAUCUUCCACCAGGUCCUCAAUGCCAUGCAGUGCAAGUGCAACCUCAGGAAGUGCAGCAAGUGAGGCCGCUGCCGCUGCUGCCAUGGACGCCCGCUGUCACCCGCCUGGGGCCGGACCGGCCAGAGUGCUGCUCGGUCCUCUGCACGCUCUGCUCUCAUGCCCUCCUGGGGCCAUAAUAAAGGUCAAUCUCUCA